UGUUUCAAUGGAACAGCGGAGCGGGGCUGAGCCCAGCAGGAACGCAGCGCAGCCAAGGGGGGAAAGGGCCCCUCUGUGCAAAACCCCACAAACUGUGGGGUUCUCCUCCUCCUCCUUCCACAGUGCACAGCUCCGCCAUGGAGUACAUCGUAGGGAUCGGAGGCGUCACCAACGGGGGCAAAACCACGCUGACCAACAGGAUCGUGAAGGCGCUGCCCAACUGCUGUGUCGUGCACCAGGACGACUUCUUCAAGCCCCAAGAUCAAAUAGAAGUCGGGGAGGACGGCUUUAAGCAAUGGGACGUGCUGGACUCCCUGGAUAUGGAGGCCAUGGUGAGCACGGUGCGUGCCUGGAUGGAGAACCCGGUCAAGUUCGCCCGUUCCCAUGGGGUGAACGUCACGCCCGACCCUACAGAGCCUCCCUCCAAAGAGCCCCACAUUCUGCUCAUCGAAGGCUUCCUGCUUUACAACUACAGACCCCUGAUGGAGCUCUUUGACCUCCGCUACUUCCUGGCAGUGCCCUACGAUGAGUGCAAACGGAGGAGGAGUACACGCAGCUACACCGUCCCUGAUCCCCCCGGCCUCUUCGAUGGCCACGUGUGGCCCAUGUACCUGAAACACCGCAAGGAGAUGGAGGACAGCGGGGUCGAUGUCGUCUAUUUAGAUGGGCUGAAGAGCCGAGAGGAGCUCUACAACGAAGUCCUGGAGGACAUCAGGAACAGACUGCUGAACUGCCCCCCAGGGCCCCAGAAGAGCUGAGGGACCCCAUGUACAGAUGUAAAUACUACUUACGCCGACGUCGGAACGAGGGUUGAUUUGGGAAACGUCUUUUGUAUAUAAUCGAGAACCGAAGAUAAUUUAUUUGCAACCGUGCCGGGCAGGAUUUGUUAUUUUGUUUUAUUUUAUUUUAUUUUAUUUUUAUAUAUUCCACCACUUCUGCCAGAAGUUGGGAACUCCUUUUCCUGAUGGAAAGAACAGAGGCCGCCUUUGGGACCCGUCAUCGUUCCCAUUGAGUAAAACCAGUUCAAAUCUCA